CUCAGAUCCCAGUUUCGUUAUUUUUCUUGACAUCAAAUCAAAUGAACUGUAUUAGAGCUCUUAGCUAAUAAUUCAUUCUUAGGUUCUGGAACGAGGUGAUAAAUGCCGUUCUAGUAUCUGUUUUUCUAAACCUUUAUAAUUUAUUUACCGGUGUCACUUGACAAAGUUAAAGAAAGCAUUUCCCCAAAAAUAUAAGUAGAACGUAUCUUGUUCUAGCAUUAUGAAUCUGGUUGAAGUCCAUGCUCAUUUAUUCCGUAUGUUCAUUUACUUAUUCUUCUCUUUGUAGUUGUAGGACAUAUCACAUAUGGCUGUGUUAUUUCACAAUCACUGAGCUCCCACAUGCUGUAUCUAUAUAUCCACCAUUUUGAUAUCCGAUGAGUAAAUAAACAAUACUUUUCUUCUGUCAAAACAAUGUCGCCUUCGUUGAAUGGGUCAAUGAAGACUAGGAGAGGAAAACACAUAUAUUUUCUGAAAUUUACAGCACAAUUGCCUUCUGAAGCUUCCAGCUGACUGUUCCAAGUCAUCAAGUCAACAAAUUCCCGAGUCGUUCGAGCUCAGAGCACCAUCUAUGUAGUGACGUGCUGGGAGGGGUUCCUGUUCAUUCUCACUUCACAAUGGAGGCAGUCAUUUCUGCGGUUCUUGGUGAUCUUGUCGGCAGAGCUAUGUCCUUCGUGGUCAAGAAGCGCCGUGAGCAGACAACUGCAGAGGAGGAUCUGCAGAGGCUGUGCCAGCUGCUUCUGAGGAUAAGUGCUGUUGUCGAGGAGGCUGAGGGGCGGUGUGUCACAAACCGAGGGAUGAUACAUCAGGCUAGCACUAUGAGACAGCAAAUGUUCAGAGGGUACUACCUUCUCGAUGCCUUCAGGUGCAGAGAGAAGAAGACCGAUGAUGAGGAGGUGGGUCGCUUCUUGUUUGCUCAAUCCAAUUUCAAUCCGGCUAAGCGUUUUCGCCUUCUUUCUAGCAACACUCAGAUUGAGAGCACGGUAAUUGGUAGAGAAAGCAGUCAGGGGUUGAAACAGGCUGUUAUUGGCCUAGAAAACAUGGUUGCUGAUAUGAAGGAGUUUGCUAUGUUUCUGAUGAGCUACCCUCGCAUGUACCGCCAACCCUAUGGCGCAUAUUUAUUUGUGGGCAAGUAUAUGUUUGGCCGCCAAAUGGAGAGGGAACAAGCCAUUAGCUUCUUGUUACAAGCUGAACCUCCAGGGAAUGAAAAUGUGGGAGUUCUUACAAUUGUUGGUCCUGCGCGUGUUGGGAAGAGCACUCUUGUGGACCAUGUUUGCAACGAUGAGCGUGUAUGGAAUCACUUCUCCUCAAUCUUGCUCUACACUGGAAACAACCUUAAAGAUCAAACGAUGGCAACUUUUAGAGAUCAUUGUGUGAUCAAGCAUCAAAAUAUUGCCUUGGAUGAAGAAAGGUUGUUAGUUGUCAUUGAGCUUUCAGGGGACGUGGACAAAUGGGCUUGUAAGAGGCUGCUGCACUCUUCUGAACGAUGCAUGCCACAUGGGAGCAAAAUCAUAAUCACUAGCCGAUCAGAUAAGACGACUAGUCUUGGAACAACGGAAGCUGUCAGGCUAAACUAUUUGUCUAAGGAAGCUUACUGGUAUUUCUUCAGGAUGCUCAUUUUUGGUAGCACGGAUCCGGUGGAGCACCCAAAGCUAACAUCCAUGGCCAUGGAGAUAGCCCUAGAGAUGCGUGAAUCUUUCAUAUACGCAUAUGUUGUUGCUGCCUUACUGAGAGAAAAUUUUAGUGCUCAGUUCUGGUGCAGGGUUCUCGGACACCUUAGAGAGCACAGGCAGAAGAACAUCCUGUUGUUAGGUGAAUAUCCUGCUGAGGAAGAUCAGCCUCGGUAUAUUUGCAGCUUGGUCAAAAGGCGGCGAGGUUCUGAGUAUAUAAAGUCCCUUCUGCGAUGUAGUGACUACCAAAAUGGGCCUGCUUCUCACGGUGGGACUCCGAGGAUAACACUGAUGGAUCUUCUAUCCGGCACCUGGAGCGCUGUGCCACGGGGAAAAUUUGAGGUAUUGUCCUGGAGGUCUCUCAUACCACCAUACUACAGUUACACAACUGUCUGCGAGUUUGUCCGGCACGAGAAGUACCAAAGCAUUGAGGAAUAAGAGUAGCACUCUUUGGCACCGUGGUGACAUUGCUUCGAGUUACUGGUGGGUUCUCUUCUUGUGUACGGACCAAGGCUCGCCAGAUUGUUAGAUGAGACUGCUUGCUGCCCUGAAAGUUGAUCUGGUUCUUGAGUCUUGACUCGAUCCUGUAUGGAGUAAUGUAGUAACUGAUACCCGGUACAGAGGGCUCCUUAAAUAUUGUUUGUGCUUGUAAUAACUUGUGUGCUCUUCAUCUGAAUAAACAAGCCCUUGACUAA